AUGUAACUAAAGAAAAAGCUAUCAAAUACACAGAACUAUAUAUAGCUUUACUAAAAGGCAGAGAGUUAACAGUAAAGAAAUUUUUGCUCUGGUUAUUUAAAUCUGUUUAUUAAGUUAAUCAUUUAAACAAUUAUUUUAGCUGCUGUUAUUAUGGUUUAUAGUUUUGAUGUCUUCCAAAAUACAUUUCUUUAUUUAGUUUCAGUAACAUUUAGUAGUUUAAUAGUAGCUGAAUUAUUAAAUGUCUUUACAGAAGUGAAUAAUUUUAGAUUUAUAAUGUUUAUUGGAAAGAUGUUCACUUCAGUAGUAUACAGGAUCAAUUAUUUUUUUAUAGAAUUAGACAAAUUUAGUAGGUAUUGAUUAAAAAUUCAUCAUAAAUGUCCUAAUUUUAAUAACCAUUAGUUGGUUUCCAUUACAUAUAAUUAAUUAAAACUAAGAAAAUGGGAUCCCUCAGAAUUAGACAAGAUAAUGCAAAAAAUUAGAAUUAGAAAGUGAUAUAAUUUAUAAUCAUGUAUUUUUAUAAGUAUUUAAUAUACGAUCUUAUGGCCGAGUGGUGA